CAAGACCUCAGCGGUUUGCGCAGAUAACUGGGUGCUUGUGAUCCGGGUAGUGAGCUAGAAGAGACGCCUCUAUGGUCAAGUAAACAUAGAGUGGUUCCUCUCCUCCCCACGUGGUCGAACUGCGCCUGCGCAGUAGCCGCAGCGUUGCGAAGAUGGCGGAGGGAGAGCAAAGAAAAAAGAUCCCUUUGGUUCCAGAAAAUCUCCUGAAAAAGAGGAAGGCUUAUCAGGCCCUCAAAGCCACCCAGGCAAAGCAGGCACUUUUGGAAAAGAAGGAGCAGAGGAAAGGAAAAGAUAUCAAGUUUAAGCGACUGGAAUGGUUCCUCCAUGAUGCCUGGCGGCAGCAGCGUGACAAGGUACGCCUCCGACGCCUGGAAGUGAAACCUCACGGUUUGGAAGUGCCAGAUGAACACUCCUUGGCCUUCGUUGUGCGCAUCCAAAGAGUUAAUGGAGUGAGUUUAACGGUGCAGAGGACCAUUGCAAGGCUUCGCCUGAAGAAGAUUUUCAGUGGUGUCUUUGUCCAAGUGACCCCCCGAACCAUAAAAACGCUGCGCGUAGUGGAACCUUAUGUGACCUGGGGUUUUCCAAAUCUGAAGUCUGUCCGGGAACUCAUCCUGAAACGUGGACAAGCCAAGAUCAAGAAUAAAAUCAUCCCUUUGACAGACAACACAGUAAUUGAGGAGCACCUGGGGAAGUUUGGUGUCAUUUGCUUGGAAGACCUCAUUCAUGAAAUUGCCUUUCCGGGGAAGAACUUCCAGGCAAUCUCAGAGUUCUUGUGCCCUUUCCAGCUCUCAGUGGCCCGUCACGCCACCAAGAAUAGAGUAGGCUUCCUCAAGGAGAUGGGCUUACCUGGCUAUCGAGGUGAACGCAUCAAUCAGCUCAUCCGACAGCUGAACUAAACCCAGAAUAUCUGAAAGCACAAUGCCUUGGAAGCGUGUGUUUUUGUUUUUUGGAAUUACCAGUAUCUUCAAAGAAGAUUAUUUUCUGCUGUAUCUUCAGAAGCUGGAGGGGAGGAGUCAGGGAAAAGAUGGUGGUGUUCAUAGCAGGCACUUCUUAUCACAGUCCCAUUCCAAAGGAAAAGUCCAGUGUGUUUUCCACGUUCGCUACUGCUACCACCCUGAAGGCAGCAAAGGACUCAUGCCGUGCAAGAGGGGUCCUGCUUUGUCCCAUCUUCUCUCUAGGGGCUUAAUGGUGAUGAACAGAUACCCAAGCAUGAAUGCCAAGCCCAGAGCCGUACUUGAACCUGAGGGUUCCUAAGGCUUUGUUUUGGAAAGAAUUUGAAAUACAUUUUAGAAGAGCACAAAAACAGUGCUCAGUUGUUUCUGUUGUGAGUCCCUGUUCCAACUUUUCAGUGACGGCUUUGUGAGCUCGCAAGCUUGGCUGGCUCUAAAUGUAUCUGGUGGCUUCCUUAUUGUAGCGCAGGAUUUUAGACUCUUCUUGGAUCUAUGAGAAGGGAAGGACCAUUUACCCAGGAAAACAUGCAUACACUCCAGUUUUUGCUUGGAAGUUUGGGGUGCUCAUAGACUCUUGGGGGCCCAUGCACCCACCUCACGUGAGAGAGCCCUGCACUGUCAGGAUUGGUCACCCAGGCCCUAACUUUCACUCAUCUGGUCCCAUGUCCCGUGGAAGAGCAAAGCUUCUUCCCUUCAAGCUGAUGGCAGUUUUCUGUUAAUAAAGUGGUAGAGUGUAGGCACCUGUACCAUCUUUAACUCAGGGAGUUGCCCACCUUUCAUUUCUGCUGUGCUUUAGGAUGGUGGUGUCUGGUUUCUAUGAUGAUGAGUCCUCUCCUUAAAAACCCAAAUCAUGGCAAGGGGUGGGGUUGGAGGUGGCAGAGGGUAUAGGAAUAAACAAUAAUGGAAAAGACAAAUCACAGGAAAAGUUUGGGAAUAAAUAUAUUUUUGACAAUCAUGUUUGCAUUUUAUACAAUUAGUUUGGCAUUUUUAUGUCAGGAGGCAAUUCAAUAAAAUCGCCUAAAAAAACAA